UGAUCCGUUAGGUCGCGUUUGGGUUAAAAAGUAAAUCUCUCUCCUUUCUUCUUCACCAAACUCUGCUUUUUUAAAACCAGUUUGAAAGUAGUAGAAACAACUUGGGUACGAAGUUGUUUUUGUUAAUUUUGAUGAGAGUUUGGAAAACAUGAGUAGUAGCGGUGGAUAUACUAUAGAAGUUACGGGACUGUCACCGGAAGCCACUGACAAGGACGUGUUUGAUUUCUUCGCUUUCUCUGGUGCUAUUGACCAUGUCGAAAUCAUCAGAUCCGGUGAAGAUGCCUGUACUGCCUAUGUGACAUUCAAAGAUGCUUAUUCUCAAGAAACUGCUUGCUUGCUCAGUGGUGCCACAAUUUUGGAUCAACGUGUAUGCAUAACGCGCUGGGGGCAAUGUGAAGAUGAAUUUGGUUUCUGGAGCAGACCUUCAUAUAGCCAUGAAGAGGAAACUAGUUCAACUGCUUCACAAAGAGUCCAAUUCCCCAGCACUGGAGAGGCAGUAACUAUGGCUCAGGAAGUGGUUAUAACAAUGUUAGCCAAGGGAUAUGAUCUGGGUAAAGAUGCAUUAAGCAAGGCCAAAGCCUUUGACAGGUCUCAUCAAGUUUCAGCAACUGCAACAGCCAAGGUGGCUGAGCUCAGUGAGAGGUAUGGCCUCGCUGAUAAGAUAUGUGCAGGGGUUGGAGUUGCUAAAUCUGUGGAUGAAAGGUACCAUGUCUCAGAGAGGACCAAGUUGGCCGCAUCAGCAACAGGAAGAAUGGCUGCAGCAGCUGCACACACUGCGGUAAACAGCAGCUACUUCUCGAAAGGAGCUCUUUGGGUCUCGGAUGCUUUAAGUCGAGCGUCUAAAGCUGCAGCUGACUUGGGUGGUCAUGGUGUUCAGCACUGAUGCUUUUGGUUAACUCAAAUAUGGUUUGUUUCUUCUAGUCUUGUGUAUAUUAAUAGCUUACAACAUUUAUGCAAAUAUGCAACUAUAGAAUACUCGCUAUAAUUAGUUAACCAAAAGAGGACAAAGAAAGAUUCAUCAUAAAGUUGUGUAUCAGUACCUAGUGUGAUCUUGGUUUUUGUUUCACUUCCCAUGCGGAUUUAGGAAUAAUGUAUAAUAAGGCUUGUGCCUUUUUGCUGUU